AUGAUUUUGACCGCUUCAGAACUCUAUAUUAUGUUCGAUAUUGGCGAGACAGAACUUCCCAGUGACAUUUAUCGCAAAUCCCAGGAGAAAUAUGAGUAUGAAGUACAAAAGCUUCAUGAUAAUAUUAACAAAAAGAAUGAAAAUACUAAUGUUCCCGUAGAGACGGUAGAGAUCAUUAAUAGGUUGAGAGUUACAUUAGGAACACCGCAGUUUAAGGAAAUAGUUGAGCGUAAAAAUAAUGAUGUUCUUAGUGUGAAUAAACUUUCAAUGAUAUUGUAUUUGUGGUGA